AUGGGUAUGGCACAUGUAACCAGUGGUCGAGCUACAUUUACCUAUGAAGAUUUGAUAAAUUCAAAUUCAUCAACAGUACCUAAAUCAUAUAUUCCAAAAAGUCUUCUUAAACGUAUGUUAAUUCGUGAAAAUGAAUUACGUUUAUCAGAUGAAUAUCAAAAACGUUAUUGUGAAGCAGAAAAAACAUCAUCAUCAUCAUCAUCAUCAUCAUCAUGGUUAAAUGUAACUGAUGAAUUACAACGACAAAUUAUUCGUGAAUUUAAUUUAGAUGAUGAAAUGGAUAAUGCACUAUUAUGUUUACGAUGUGCAACACAAAUUUAUCCUGAUUUAAAACAUAUACCACUUUAUGUUCAAUAUAAUCGAGCUAGAGAUGGUAAUUUACAAAUAAGUGAUAUUGCACCUAAUGUUCCAGUCAUUCAACUCGAUGGACAAGAAACACAUGCACAAGAUGAAUGGCCUAUUUGUAGUGCACGAUGGAGUCCAACACAAAUGCCAAUUAAAUAUAAUCAAACUCAUACAAUUGAAGAACGUUUAGCAGUUGCAAAAGAUUUUAUUCGAGAUUUUAAUCUUCAAAUGUCUAUUGUAAUUGAUAAACCAGAAGGAAAUUUAUUUGAAAAAUUAUAUUCAUCAUGGCCUGUUCGAAUAUAUGUUAUUGACAAAGAUUAUCGUUUGACAUAUAAAGCUCAACCAAAUGAGAAUAUGUUAGAAUUAAAUGAAUUAGUUGAACAUUUACAAUCAAUUAUUAAAUCAAAUGAAUAA